UUAAAAUUGAACUUAAUACUAAUUUUGAGAAAAAUUUUCUUGAAGGAGCAUGAACAUACAAUAAUUAUAAUUUUGAUUUUUUUUCCCAUAAUAAGAGUUUCUUGGAUUAUUUUUUCCCAAUGUUCCUCACUUGCGUCAAUUUUCCUUACUUUCUUUUAGCAUGCUCCCUUUAGACAAGAGUGGGGUUUGCAAGGUCCGUGUUAUCAAAAUAUUAUUUCCUGGUUGCUGCCUUUUGUUUAUAUUACACUUCCUGUACACAAUCAGUCCGAAGUAAACCAUAAUGAGGGUGUUGUGAGAUUGCAAUUAUUCAUUAUUCAUAGACCUGCGACAUGUUUCCACACAGAACAGAGUCCAUGCCGACGGUAUUUCCAAAAAGAUUGUACACCUACGAUAUGGCAGAAGACGACGCGUUGACUUUAAAAGAAGCAUUAAAGGGAAUAUUAAUAGACGACAAAAGGAUAAUUAACAUUUUGACCAAUCGAUCAGCAGAGCAACGGCAAAUGAUAGCUGAAAAAUACAUGUCAUGCUAUUCAACGAAUCUUGUUGAUGAUUUGCGAGCAUUGUUAGUCUCAAGCGACUUUGCAAGCACUUUGGUAGCGUGGAUGACACCCUUGCCACGAUUUUAUGCGCGGGAACUGCGUUAUGCUAUCACAGGGUUUAGGAACCAUAACGAUGAAAUUUGUGAAAUCCUCUGCUCGCUGAACGUAAAUAAUUUGUUGGCUGUCAAAACUGCAUACCUGGAGUCAUUUGGAAAAACAGUGGAAGCUGACAUCGAAGACCAAAACUUCCCACCGCAGUUCAAACAAUUUAUUCUGAGCCUUUGCAAAUGCUUCAGGAACGAAAGUGAUACACUCAAUGCUGCUAAAAUAUCAAACGACGCGGACGCAAUUUACAUAGCAUGCAAUAGGGAUUUCGAGGCCAGUGAGAGUGAUGUUCAAGUCGUAUCGGAAAUUCUUACAAUGCGCAGUUUAUCACAUCUGCGAGAAUUAAGUGAAGAGUUUCAUGCCCUUUUUGGUAAAGAUAUUGAAAAGGUCGUCAAAGAUUCUUUCGCACCGCCUAUUAAAGAUGCGUUUGUGGCAAUGCUGAAUUUCGCAUGUGACUCGGAUGGAUUUUUCGCCGAGCGACUCUACAACAGCAUGGUUGGACUCGGCACGCGAGAUCGUGACCUGAUCAGACUGAUCGUUACCAGGGCGGAAAUUGACCUGAGUGGCAUCAAAGUCGCCUUCCUGCACAUGUACGGAAAAACUUUGGAAUCUUUUAUUGAGGGCGAUUGCUCUGGCGUGUAUAAGAAAUUGCUUUUGGCCCUGGCGACUCCAUCAGUAUUGAAAACAGGGUGAGCGUUGACGAGUUUUGGCAAAACGUAUAAAUACAAAAUGGAUUUCAACCAUAUCAAGAAAAAAUGAAGGAAACAUACUACAUAAUAUUAUUUUAUUGGCUUGUGAUUAGAAUAAGUAAAAUUUAAAUAUUAAAAAUUAACGCGAUAGAAUUUAAAAAUUAA